GAGCGGGAGGAGGGGAUGGGACUGAAGUCCAGGAAGAAGGGGGCGUCGUCGUCGGCGGCGGCGGGGGGCGUCGACGAGGGUAACCCAGGGGCGCAGGGGUCGGAGGGGAGGCCGGCGGGGCCGGCGGCGGCGGGGGAGCUGGGCCUGGGCGGCGGAGCGGACCGGGACGGGACGCUGCUGCUGCUGGAGGGGGCCGGAGGGGCCGGAGGGACCUCAGGCCCCGGACCGGCCGGCCCCGGCAAGCGGACCCCGCAGGGCCUGGGCCUGCUGGCCAAGUCGCCCCUGGGCCGGCCCGCCAAGAGGAACAACGCCCGCUGCAGGAGGCUGCAAACUUUGAUCUACGAUGCCCUGGAGAGGCCGCGGGGCUGGGCCCUCCUCUAUCACGCCCUCGUAUUUCUCAUCGUCCUGGGCUGUCUGAUCUUGGCCGUCCUGACCACUUUCAAGGAGUACGAGACGGUGUCGGGGGAUUGGCUGCUACUUCUGGAGACGUUUGCCAUAUUCGUAUUCGGCGCGGAGUUUGCCUUGAGGAUCUGGGCAGCGGGCUGCUGCUGUCGGUAUAAGGGAUGGAGGGGAAGGCUGAAGUUUGCAAGAAAGCCUCUGUGCAUGUUGGAUAUCUUCGUGCUGAUCGCUUCCGUGCCGGUGGUGGCCGUGGGGAAUCAGGGCAACGUGCUGGCCACUUCGCUCCGGAGCCUGCGUUUCCUGCAGAUCCUGCGUAUGCUUCGCAUGGACAGGAGGGGAGGCACCUGGAAGCUCCUCGGCUCCGCCAUCUGUGCCCACAGCAAAGAACUCAUCACUGCCUGGUACAUCGGGUUCCUGACCCUGAUCCUCUCCUCCUUCCUUGUCUACCUGGUGGAGAAAGACGUCCCGGAGACUGACGCCGAUGGAUUCGAGGCCAAAGAAGAGUUCGAGACCUAUGCGGACGCACUGUGGUGGGGGCUGAUUACUUUGGCCACCAUUGGAUACGGCGACAAGACCCCCAAAACCUGGGAGGGCCGUCUGAUCGCGGCUACGUUUUCCCUCAUUGGGAUUUCGUUUUUCUCUCUUCCGGCCGGGAUCCUCGGUUCGGGGCUGGCUCUGAAGGUCCAGGAACAACAUCGGCAGAAGCAUUUUGAAAAGCGAAGGAAGCCGGCAGCGGAACUUAUACAGGCUGCAUGGAGAUAUUACGCUACUAAUCCCAACAGGCUCGAUCUCGUAGCCACCUGGAGGUUUUAUGAAUCGAUUGUGUCUUUUCCAUACUUCAGAAAGGAGCAGCUGGAGGCUGCUGCCAGCCAAAAGCUGGGUCUCUUGGAUCGGGUUCGACUUUCUAAUCCUCGUGGUUCCAAUACUAAAGGAAAGCUAUUUACCCCUCUGAAUGUAGAUGCCAUUGAAGAAAGCCCUUCUAAAGAGCCAAAGAAUGUUGGCUUGAAUAAUAAGGAACGUUUUCGCACAGCAUUCCGUAUGAAGGCCUAUGCAUUUUGGCAAAGCUCCGAAGAUGCUGGAACAGGGGAUCCUCUGACUGAAGAGAGGGGCUACAGUAAUGAGUUUCUCAUUGAAGACAUGAUUCCUACUCUGAAAUCUGCGAUCAGAGCUGUCAGGAUCCUGCAAUUUCGUCUCUAUAAAAAGAAGUUCAAGGAGACGUUGAGGCCUUACGAUGUGAAGGAUGUGAUAGAGCAAUAUUCAGCGGGGCAUCUCGAUAUGCUUUCCAGGAUCAAAUACCUUCAGACAAGAGUAGAUAUGAUUUUUACCCCAGGACCUCCAUCCACCCCGAAACACAAGAAGUUCCAGAAGGGCGGAGCUUUCUCGUAUCCUCCUCAACAGUCUCCCAGAAACGAUCCAUAUGUAGCCAAAGCGACUGCAUCUGAAACUGAAGACCAAAGCAUGAUGGGGAAGUUUGUUAAAGUUGAAAGGCAGGUGCACGACAUGGGGAAGAAACUGGAUUUUCUGGUCGAUAUGCACAUGCAGCACACGGAACAGCUCCAGGUGCAGGUCACAGAUUUCUUCCCCUCCCGAGAGACGGUCUUCCCAGCCGAGGUGGCGAAGAAGGAGGAGGAGAACAGGUACUCUGAGUUGAAAUCCAUCAUGAACUAUUCCGGCCCGUGCACCCACGACACCCCCUUUAACUGCCACCAGGUGCCCAUCAACAAAGUCAGGCCCUAUGGCUUCUUUGCCCACGACCCGGUGACCUUUUCCCACGACCCCGUGACCUUGUCACUGAGCGGGCGCAGGUCUGGCAAGCUGCAGACCGCCCCCUCCUCCGCUGCGUACGCAGAGAGGCCCACAGUCUUGCCCAUCCUGACUCUCCUCGACUCCCGGGCCGGUUACCCCUCACAGCCCGAGUUGCCCAGCGCCUACUCGGACAGGAUAUCGCCCCGACAGAGGCGGAGGCAGAGACCCAGUCUGACCAGAGACAGCGACACCCCGCUGUCUCUGCUCUCCGUCAACCACGAGGAACUUGCGCGUUCACCAAGUGGCUUCAGCAUCUCCCAGGAAAGAGACGAUUACCUCUUUGGCCCCAGCGGGGGAUCGAGCUGGAUGAGGGAGAAGCGAUACCUGGCCGAAGGCGAGACGGACACAGACACUGACCCCUUCACUCCCAGCGGCUCCAUGCCUCUGUCCUCCACGGGGGAUGGGGUUUCUGACUCCGUAUGGACCCCUUCCAGCAAGCCCAUUUAAAGGGGGUCACUGGCUGGCCUUUCUCUCUGCUGUAAACCCACUUUGUAUAGCCCACUUACUCUUUCCCCCAAAGCUUACUAGUUCAGACGCCGGUGGCUGCAUUCGAUGCAUGGUAUAUUAGUGGUGAUCACGGCGACAUUUCAUGGGAAUUUACGAAUGUGGUUUUUUUUUUUUCCACGCCCCCAAAACUAAGCCAUUUAGUUUUGGGCAUGGCUUGCAUGACUUUACGCUAUAUAAAUGGUACAGCUGAUUUCUUCUAUGAUACAUAGCUAUCUGUCGUUUCUACUGCCGACAACUGAGGGAUCCGUGCAGGGCGAUAUUGUUGUGGGGAUGGGAGCCACUUGUUGUGAACAGAACCGGUAUGCCAAAUUCAUUUUGGACUCACUGCCCCAUUGUGUAGAAUGACCCCGCUCUAACCUUCCCUUGUUUUCUGGAGAGAGGAGAAAAAUCAUUUCCAGGCCCAAUGAGAGAGAGACAAAAUUCCUAGUCUUGGGAGCCUGUGGCUUAAGUAGGAGGGGGAGAAGGGACACAGGGAGCGCUCAUCACUCAUCCCGGAAUCAUUCUCUUGGUCGUGGGCUCCGGACCCUCCCGAUCUCGGAUCGAUCGGAGGCCUCGCGGGGUCUGGCGGAGACCCCUGCCAGAGGCCUGCGCUAACCCACAUCUCCCUAUCUUAUGACUCCACAGUAAAUAACUUUUGUGGUUCCGAUUCUUCCAAUCAGAAUGCCGGGUUAUGAUCUGCUCCUCCUGCCCCUUCUUCUGAUUGGGCCUCUUUGAAUUCAGGGACUGCACUCUUGCAGAACCUUGUGUUGAGAAAAACCCACGGUGCCGUCCCCGCCCACGCCAUUUCUUCCAAAACCGCAUCCCGUACCAUCCUGAUGGAUCUCAGUAUCGGACAGUUGCUCCCCGAUUAUGUCAUCGUGCCCAGGUAAAGCGGGCAAUGGGGCCCUGUGCUCUGGCAGAGCUGAGGGCCUCUUGGAAAAACGGUGGCCAAUGAUGCCUUGCAUGUUGAUGUGUGAGUGUGCCCAAGUCACAGUGAUCCAAUUUUCUGCCUUGUAUCUUUAGGAAGGCACUUCAAGCCAAGCAACACUCAAAAUGAAUUGCAUUAGAGCAGAGCAGCCACCCACCCCGACUCCCAACCCAGAACCUCUGGAAAAAAACAAACCUGAGAGAUUCAUUCCAAAAUACCCAAGAGAUUCCUUCCAAAAGACGUGCAAAAGCCAUGAUGCUCUUCGGUACGUCCUGUGAGAUCUUCCUCUGGAAGAUAGGAGUGACUUUUAUCAUCACUAUUAUUUCAAGUAGUAUUGUGGCAUUCUUGGAAUUCAUUCACCUACAGAAUCCUAUUUAACUUGCUCAGGGCUCUGAUUCCCAUCCGGUCCUCAUCGUUCAUCCUCCAUGACUGAAGUGUUCUAAAAAUUAGUGCACUGGCAUGGCUUUCCUUGAAUUUUUCCAAGAGGAUCAUGGGAAGUGAAACCAACUUCCUAAAAUGGCACUAAUUGGAAGAUUUGCUGGCCGAGAGCUAGGCCGUUAGAAUCGGGACCCGGUGCCUUAUGAGGCUGCAGUGGAGGCCAGGGUAGCGCGGGAGGAUUAUGGAGCCGUGAGGUGGCUUCUAAAAUAUUGCACCACCCCAACGCCCCCAGGCCCCUCGGCCCCCUCACCACAGCCAGACGUGGCAGGGCCCAGGCUGGUCCCCCAACUUCUCUGGGAGGCGUAACGACGUCAUCAGGGGCCUGUUCUUAGGCAGGCAAAUGGAGCAGGUUGGAGACAGCAUAAUCAGGAAUACUGGGGUUCGAUGCAGCAUGAUCAGAACAGGCUUCAUUCCUGCCUUCAGGAGCUCAUGGAAAUCACCACUGAUCAUCAAGAAGGGUCGGAUCCUCCCAGGAGCAUCUAGCUGGUAAACGUUCAGAGCUUCUAGCUUGGAUCGCUCUUCUCCUUCUUCUUUUCAAGUCUUCCGUUUGUAUAUUGUCACUUGUCUCAGGAUGUGCUGCCCCAACUCCUAGCAAAUGCAUUCUAGAAGAAUUUUGCUUGGAUGUCAGGUUUUUGGGGGGUUUAGUUUUUUAAUUCUAAAAAGCAACUUUGGCUUUUCCCAUUGUUUAUUCAAGGGCAGCAGUACCACCACUGUUGGAGAGGGAUUUCAGGGCUUCAGAUAGGCCUGGGAUUUUAGGGCAGACUGACACCUCAUCAGUUUAUUCAUGUCCUGGGCCAAAAGCUGUAGCACCUAUGUGAAGACCAGCUGGCACUGGAUGUUCCCGCUCUGAUCAGCUGUCCGGUGGGAGGACAAGGAGGAGAAAGAACAACCUAUUCCGUCCCUGCACAGCUUGAUUUCUCUUGAUCUUGGGCCCGUCUUGGCAGGUCGAUGAGUCCUAGAGUUGGCCGGUCUGUCUCCCUUCCCGGUUGUCUGGUCAAAAUUGGCCCGGACCAUCUGAGCCUGAAGCCAGGCUUUGACUCAAGUGGGGUUGACUUAUUUUGAGACAGGGAACGGUUUCCCUGUCUUCAAGCAACCAACCAACAGUAGAACCGGAACCUGAGUAGGCAGGGGAAUGGACCUGAUCAUUUGGCAACCCAUGGAAGACCCAACCCUCCCACAUCUUCUCUAAGAUCACUUGCUCAUCAAGCUACAAGCCCAAGCAGGACGCCCCCGACAGAGCCUUCGGUUCACAUCGGGACUUCCUACACAUUAACAGGAGCUGGGGAAUGAGAGAGAGAGACUUGAUUUGGGGGAGGCAAGUCCAGGAUAUGAGGAGGAACUAAAGACAUAAUGGCUACCGGGAUUUAAUUUAUCCAGAAUUCAAUACUAAUAGGAAGUCCUAGGGUUAGACAAGGAAACUCCAUAAACAAGGAGACAUUCCCUCUCUCUCUCUCUCUGCCCUCAGCAUUGCCUUAAGGUGAGCUUGCAACAAUGUGCUAUGAGACUGGAAUGGGUGUAAUCUCUGGCAUCAGAGUACUUCAUUGUCUGAGGAAAUGGAAUCACUCAAAAGGUUUAGCUUUAGAUGUGUGUGAGCUUAAACAACUUGACCAGUGAUAAUUGUAUCUCUGGAUUUCAGCAUGUUUUAAUUUCUCUAUCAAAUCCUCAGCACCAGCAGACAGCAUUUUCUACACUGGCACCCCAAGGUGCUUUGGGCCCCAUGACUCUCUGACCCCAGUGACAACCCGCUUGAGCUAACUGCUGCUCUCCCCUCAGAGGCUGGUGGGGAGAAGCCAUUAGUGAGAGAGAGUGAUGGUUCAAGAUGAAGGGUCUUAAUUGUUGCCAAGGAACCACAAGACUUUUUCUGUCCUUUCUAGUGAGAAUAGCAUCCUAUGCCCUGGCGAUUUCUUGGUCAAACUCAGUGUAUGAUAUGUAAUGUGCAUAAAUGAGGAAUGUUUAGCCUCCAGCAGGACUGGGGCAAAGAAAGGGAGUGAUCAGGAUGGACCUCUGUCUGUUGAGGUGCUGGAGGGAGUCCGUGGUUAAAGCCACACAGGAAGUAAGCACUGGAAAAGGGCCCUGCUUCAGCACCCCAGGGGUGGUCACCAGUGCCAGUGGGAAGAGGUAAGGAGAGGGUCCUAAAAAAGGAAGCUAUGUCAGCCAUCUUCUACUGGGAGUUCCUCCUACCGACCUCCCUGCUUCCCUCCUACCUGUACCUCCACUGCUUUCCCCAAUGUGACCUGGAGUAGGUUACAGUCUAAAGACUUGGAGGGGCAGGAAGUUGUAAUUGGCUCCCGAGAAUUGGCUUUAUUUCCCGUCCUGAGAGGGAGGGGGCAGGCAGAUCUUCCACCCCUGUCGCCCGAGCGCAGGUCAUGACCGUGCUGUUGCUAUCCGAGACUUCUUAAUUGACCCUCCCUGAAAGCAUUGUUGCCUCCGUGUUCUCUGCUUGACCUUGCAGUGUGAACCCUGCUGUACCAAGGGCUUGGGAGACGACGAUAGGGUUAGUGGAUACGAUCCCUGCCCUCAUGGGACUUACAGUUUAACCGGUAGUGGAGAGGGGAGAAAGUCACAGAACAGUUCACAGAUAGACAAAGAGAAACGGAGAAUGGAUUCGGAUUCUGAAGCGCUCAGCCUGGGGAAGCGCUCACCUUUACCAUGCUAGGAUGGAGAGGCUUUUCGGUUAGCCGCAUCAGGCCUGGAGCGUCCCAGGGCCUCCAUUGGCGCUUGGCUUUCACCGUCUCUGGGAAAUGCAGAAAAAUCAGGCAACCCCAGAGGCCAGUCUGUUGGUGAAUGUCCUUUUCUGCGUCUAAUUCAAUGAACUGGGUUCAAAUGUCCGCAUUGACUCCAGGCUGACCCUUCUUUUUUGUUUUAGGUCAAAAAGCUGCUUUUCCUCAGAAAAUGUAUUUUCCCCUUCUCUCCCCCUCCACACAACUCCCACCUCCACAGGAAGGCCCAGGCAAAUGUAAGAAGGCUUUUGAAACUAAAGAGUAAGGACAUUUGCCAUUUUGUAGCCAUAGAAUGAUUUGAUCAAAACGGUCGUUAAGAAGAAGGCCAUUUCAGACCCUGGCAUAAAUACCAUUACUGCUACAGUAGGUUUGGGGGUUUUUUGUUGUUUUUUUAUUCACCUCCAAUUCUGCAGUUAUCUCUUGCUGUAUCCCCUUUGCCCAGUCUUUCCCUGGGCUCAUUCAAACUCUUAUAACCCUGAAAGAAAUAGACAAUUCGUUCCCUUCCUUCCCUCUGAAAUCCAGAACAGUCAUCCAGCUCUGGAAAGCUCUGGUCUGGGUUUUGUACCCACCCUUUCAAAAAAUCGGUUCUUGUUUGAAUAAUUAAAGGCUUAAAGGUUCUCUCGGGAGGCAGCUGAGAACACUCAGUAAAUGGCUCAGAAGGGAACAGUCAGGAAAUCUUGACCACUCUGUGAAAAUCGAGAUUUCUUGGGGUAAUGUCUUUAACUCUUUCUGACGUCAUUGGUGAAGACAGAUGAAAAAAAGACUAUCUAAUGUCUAGAUGGAAAAACAAGAGGAGAUUUAAAGUGACAUAAACCCGUUGCAUUUUGUUUUAUUGACUAUGGCAUAUGUGCCUUGCUACAGAUAUGCUUUUCACAUUCUGGCUUACAAGGGAACACAACUUUUAUACAAGUGACCUUUAGUGCUCUUUAUAGUAUUAUUUAUGGUAAUUUUUAAACUGUAUGUGUAAUUUAUAUUCUGGCACUGUCUAAUAUUUGAACAACUUUAAUAUGUUUAUUUCAAUAUAUAUUAUGCAAACAAGAAUUCUUACCUGAUUUUUUUUAUGUUCUGUCUUUAAAAGAAAUACAGCACCACUUAUUAAUAAAUAGAGAUUUCAAUGAUGACGUGAAAGAAUGUGACUUGCUUUUGAAGCUCCGGUAGGUGAAUUUGCAGAACGUGGUGAUCGAGUCUGUAAUUCCUCAGGUUUUCUUUCUAGAUGAAGCAUAGCACACUCUGCUUUAGAUCAGCAGAGGUAUGUUAUCGAGGAAGUUAAAUCCAGAGACCAUCAAUUCUCCCUGGAGUUAUGACAAUGGCCAAAUAUAACUGUAGCAUAUUGGUUGUGUCAAAAUAAUUGCACAUAUGUUACCGAAAGAUUAUUUUCCAAUUAAAAGAGAUCGUUUCAAAAUCAA